UUACAUCUGACUUUUUUGCAGUACAUUUUCAACCUAGGCGUCCCUAAAGAAUGGCAGUUUGUAGAUAUUUAUGGACUGGAUGCAGAUCUGUUAGGAAUGGUGCCACGACCAGUAGCUGCUGUAGUAUUGUUGUAUCCAAUCACAGAAAAGGCAACAGCAAGUCCUCUGGGUGAAGUUAAGUCAUCAUCAGACCUGUUCUUUGUAAAACAGACCAUAUCUAACGCCUGUGGAACUAUAGCCAUUGUACAUAGUCUGGCAAAUAACCAGGACAAGAUCAAGUUUAUAGAUGGGAAACACUUCGGACAGUUUAUAGAAGGUUGUUUGAAACUAUCUCCUGAAGAAAGAGCAGCAUUUCUUGAAAAAGACAAGGAUAUGGGUUCUGCACAUGGAGAUAGUGCCCAGGAAGGACAGACACAGGCCCCACCUGCAGACGAAAAAUUGAAGACCCAUUUUAUAGCUUUUGUGUGCAAAGAUGGUGGGCUCUAUGAAUUAAAUGGUGGAUGUGAUGGCCCUGUCUACCACAGUACCUCUAGUCCCGAUACAUUAUUGGAGGAUGCAGUAGCUGUUGCUAAGAAGUUCAUGGAGAGAGAUCCUGAUGAAGUCAAUUUCACUUUGAUGGCAUUGGCAAAAGUCGAGUAAUACUGAUUGGACACUUCAUGGUCACAUGAUCAACAAGAUAUCCAGCUUUAUCUGUUUUGACUGUGAUGCUGCACAUGCGACAUUAUUGUGCAUUCUAUGUUGUGCCUCAACACAAGCAUUGUUCUCUUAUUUUACAGUAUUUUUGGAUCUCUAGAGUAUCUUCACAUGAAUGGGUUAUGGAUGAUAUAACAACUUAAUGAAGAUUGCUUUGCCUUUUGACAGUUUGACGCUUUUAUUUAUAAAAUUCAAGUCUGGUUUGAUGUUCAUUUGAAUAGCUGCAUCAGUUCAAGAGUUGUGGUCCCUGAAGAGUUAGAAACAAAAACUUGAUGUGACCUCAGAUUUAGUACAUGUACCAAUUACAACUGUAAACCAUUUUAUAUUUUUUCUUUACAAAAUUGAAAACAGCAAAACUAAUACUUUCCCUAUAAAAAUUAUCAGUUUGAUCUUUAGACUCAUUAUUUAUAUAAGUACAAUGGGUAGUCAAGGUCGUUAAACACCCUCUAAUAGUAUAAGUUACCAACUCUCAUCAAUGCAGAUUUUACCUUUAUGCACUGUGUUAUGUUGACCAUGUCUAAAGUUGAACUUUUGGAUUAUAAUGUUUUAAUUCCUUAGCUUUAUAAGGGAUUACUACUGACUAAGAGUAAGAAGUUGAAGGUCAUUACUUCUAGUUUGACCUCUUUAACAAGAAAUACCUGAUGUUUAUUGUGAAAAUCCUUGUAAAUCUGCAAAGAAAACAGACUGCUAGGUAUAUAUGGGGAGUAUCUAUUGGAUUGUCAAUAUAUCACUGGUGUUGUUUUAAAAUAAUAGUGGUACAAUUUAGAAUAUCAUUAUGAAAUAUAAGGUCCUAUCUGUAUUGGUAAUUUAAAAUGUAUAAACCAGUACAUAUUUUUGUGAACUAGUCAUCAGUUGGUUAAACUAAUGACUGUUGAUUAAUGGCAUAGUGUUUGUUUCAAAAUUUGAAAAGUUUUUAAGUCCUCUAAUGUUCAUCCAAGUGUCAUUGUAUGCUCCUAUAUCCCUAAAUUCAAAGAAAAACAUAAAUAUUGCUUUCUAGGUCCAGUAUUGAUUCCUGAAAAGUAGACUUAAAAACACUCUGUGUCACUGCUUGUUCACACCUAUUUCAUAAACACUUUGGGAUAAACUUGUUAAUAAGUAACAAUGUGUUACAUUUGUAAAUGAAGCUUUCCAUUAUAAAAUACAGAAGACCAUUCAAUACAGUAAAGAAUAUAUAAUUAGAUUUUUACACAACAGCAACUUCAUUAUUAAUUCAUCCUUCAUAUCCUGCUAAGUCAGUAGAUUUCUCUUGAAAAUUGAACGAAUGCAUUAAUUAUUUAGCUUCUUCAGUAGGUCAAUGUUCUAUAUAUAGAUACUGCCACUGCAUUCAGUGUGAUACAAUAUUUUCUCAACUCAAGAAAGUUAAAUUUACAACUUUUAAUUGUAGGGCUUUCCAACCUUCUGAAUUUUUUUUAAGUUAACUGUUUCUCUAUGAUAUAAAGACAUUGUUUAAUAUCUUUAAUUUCCAACGAUCUGAAAAUUUAUUUGUCAUCUGAGGCAUGGUCAACUUUUUUGUGAUGUCACAAUAGAAAAUUCAGGGGAGAGAAAGAAAUAUUUUUCGCCAUAAUUGAAUUUUGACCAAUAAAGAACUGAGAUCAAACAAACCUUAUGUUUAUUAUUAAAAAAUAAUCCACCAGAUCAAGAAAGUAAAAAUCGGUUAAGAAUGAGAGAAAUGUAGAUCUUCAUUCUGAAAAGGCACAAGUUUUGUCAUAACUAUUGAAUUUCCUGUCAUAACAUCCAACUUAUGAAAUUUAAUAAUUAUGAAACAUUUUUAGCAAUGAUAUACUAUGUACCAUUAUUGAUCUCUAAAAGUAAUCUUGUAAUUCACCAAGUGAAAUUUCGUGAUUUAUUUCAUUCCCUGACUUUGGCAGCAAUCACCAUUGUCAGCUAUGCCACAGGUCAAGAAUAAUGGUAAAAAAGUCCUAUCUAUUUGCAGCUGUACUUCAGGAAUAUUCCUAUCAUAAUCAAAGUUAUAAAAACAGUCACUAACUCUUGGAUAUUGGAAAUAUACCAUAACCAUUAAUGACCAGAAAACACUACAAGCUCAUUGUUUAUUCAUACAUUCUUCACAUUCCAUAAGUUAGAGUAAUUCUAAAAACAUGAUUUACGCCAAGACUUCAAUUUCUUCAAUGGAUUAUAGAUAUUUAAAUUACAUUUAAUACCUUGACUUAUUUAGUGAUUAGUGAAAAAAAAAAAAGAUAUAAAAAAUAUAAUGAUAUAUUUACCCAUAAAAAUUGAGGGGUAUAAGAACAAUAUACUCCCUUAGCGUGUCAUAAGAGUCUUGGUCAUUCAAAACUGGUAUGCAUUAUACUAGCCAAAGAAAAAAUAUUGUCCAACUCAGACAUACAAAUUUGAAUAGUUUUAUCAAAAUAGAUACAGGGUUCACCAUCUCAUAAAAAAGUAUACUUCUAUAAAGGGAUACUGGUCUAAAAUCACAAGUAACUUAUGGUUUCUUUAUCUUUUUCUUUUAAUACCACCCUUUAAAAUAGACAAAAUUCUGGGAAAAUCCCUAGAAUUGUUUUUGCAACAAUUGUGAAAACCCUGUAGGAACGGUAAAUGUCCUUCAGUAUGACAAUAUAAACUGAAGGACAGUAACAGUUAUUCCAAUUUAGUACCAAUGAAAAGGUCUUAAAUAGAUGUCUAAAAGACCAAUAAUAAUAAGCAUUAUUUUGAUAGUACAAUCAGUUUGGUAAGAUGUUAUCAUUAGAUCAUGUUUGAAAUGGUUGGAUCCUGUAAUGGUUAUUGUUUAUUAGUGCUAUGUUAUCAUUUAUGUUUUAAGAGAGUAUGGAUAAUAUCUCGUAUUUAAAUUUUUGUUUGUUAUACCAAAAGGAAUAUUUGUAUCUGCAGAAUAAAUGUUGUGCAUCUUAUAUGUAAAAGUGCUUGAGUGUCUAAAUAAAGCCAUUUCUAUAGAAUAAAUGCUUCGUGUAUUGUCUAACAAGUCAUAAAUGUACAGAAAGUGCUUCAUUAAGAAUUUACAGUAUACUAAUUGAAAUAGUCUAUUUGCCAAUUACCAAUUUGCUUCUAACUUACUGAAGUUGCUUCCCUUUGCCAGUUUCAGACUGGUUCUUAACCAUACAAUAAGGUGUUUAACCCAAUUUUUAUGGAAAAAUAACUAUUGAUAUCAGAGUUUUUAAAUUAACAAAAGAUUAAAUGUAAUUAAAAGAUUUGAAAAGACUUAUCCACAGAUAAAUUUGUUCUUUUUGCUAGCAUGUCAUGGUAGACCAUUGCUAAUGUGAUUAUUUUGUUUAACUGGUCUGGAUGGGUUCCCCACAACACACCCAAGUUAAUUCACAGAUACUAAGGGUGUCAUAGCUAUUUUUCUGAUGUGCUUCAAUUCUUACAUAAGACACCAAGAUCCUAAAACAAAAAUGUAUCUUUUUAUGUCAGUAAUUUAUAUGCAUAAAAUUGUGAGGGUCCACAAAUGUUGUUAUAUUUAAUGUAAUGGCAGAUAAUAAAAAUACUUUUUUGUCAGAAA